UGACAAAAAAUUGUUGCAAAAUAUUGCAGUUAACUAACAAGACCGUAUUGUGGUGCUUAUUAAUUCAUGUGUGGUGCUGUGGAAACUUACAUCACUAAAUAGGUUUGAUACUGUUACGGCCAUUUAAAUAACGUUCAUCAACAACGGAGCUGAAGAGCAGUCUUGAACGCGACUUGACGGUGACUGUUUAUGUUACGAUGGUGACUGUAGUGGAGCUGCUGAGCCUCCUGUUGGUGUCAGUGCUGUGGGGGUGCACCAACCCUUUCCUCAAGAGAGGCGCAGAGGGGAUAGAAAAUGUGCAACACAGCAACAGAGUCUCACAAGUGCUGGCUGAGGUCAAGUUUCUGUUUCUAAACCUCAAGUACCUGGUCCCAUUUCUCCUGAACCAGAGUGGCUGUUUGGUGUACUAUUACACACUUUCCACCACAGAGUUAUCGCUUGCUGUUCCUGUGGCCAACUCUCUCACCUUCCUCUGGACCCUGCUCACUGGCAAGUUUCUGGGUGAGGAGUUCGGAGGCAAACAGGCUGUCGCAGGAAUGUUCCUCACCAUGGCUGGCAUCACUCUGUGUGUUAUAAGCUCCAUUGAUGGCGAAGACACUGGGACGCAGAAUAUGACCCAGACUGCACAGAGAUGAAGAAUGAAACAAAUUCUCCUGUACCUCCAAGUGAUUCCUUAGCAGGGGAGGAAGGAAGGACCAGAGGGGGCAAUUUAGAUUCAGACAGCGGCUCCUUAGAGCAAUGUUUCUGGUGGGAGAAUUGUGCCUAAAUCAAUGCGAGCUUCAAAAGACCUGUCCAGAAACUCUUACACCAAGUUGAAGGGGAAGUGGGUUCAUCUAGGGUUCACCUCAAGGCUAGACUAGAUUUAUGGCGCUUGAAUAGAAGUUGGUGGUUGUUAACUUUUUCUUUUAAGCGUCCUGCUGCCCCACCAUGUGACUGGCAUCUGCAUAAAGGCUAUAGAGACCACAUACAAAUAAGGCUGGCGUUUGAAAUGGACCGGCUAGAUCUAACCUCCUGGUUUUACAGGGACAUUUUACUGCGGCUGCCUUCUGUCCACUGUGGUGUGUUUGGGGAAGAGCAGAACAGAGGAGAGGAGAGGACAAAUGGCUGUUUAGCUCGAGGAUAAAGCUGUUUUUCAUUUACUUGUUUUCCCCGCUGCCUUGUACACAUGAUAUAUUACUGAGGUAGAUACACCACUGCUACUUUCUUAAAUAGGAACUUUAGUAUUUUUUCAACCUGGACUUUAUUUUGCCAUGUUUGACAAAUGUGAACAACAAUUUUUUAAUAGUCCAGUACUGAGAGUGAGGGCUGCAGCUGACAGCGGCGAAACAGGCUGCAAUCUAAUGUUAAUGGACAACUAUAUACCGUCAAUGUACGUUCAGUCAAAGUGCUUGUUUUUGCCACUGACUGGCUCGGAUUGUUAUUUUAAGCGCCUGACAACAUUAUGGAAAGGAUCCCUACAGAGGCUGACCUUUCUUCUAAAAUGUAAGAUCCUUUUGUUUAACCCUUUUAGACACUUUUCACGAGCAUUUAAACCAUUGAAACCUGAGCAAAUUAGUUUGGUCUCUUUCAAAGACGUGCUAAAAAGGCGAUGAGCAGCUUGGCAAGAAGUGUCCUGCAAGUUGCAAGAAAACAGUUAAACAUGACAAGAAAAAUAAACUCAAAAGUAAAGAAAGAGAGUGGGAAAAUUUUGAGAAAAUGAUCAUGAAUCUCGGAAAAAAUGCCCCAGAAAUAUGCAUUCAUAAUUCUUAUAAUUGUAUUUUGAAAUUAUAUUACAGAGAGAAAAAUAUAUAUAUAUACUUAAGUCAUUAUACAAUGUUAUUAUGAUCUUAAAGAUGUUGCGAUAUGCUGAGUAUUGCGAUAAAAUAUAUUGUGAUUUAUUCCCUUUUUUCAUCCCCAAAUAAAGUCUCCAAAGGAAAACUUUGUCAACGCCUAUUCUAUCUGGUAAGAUAAAGUUUUCAGUCCGUUCAUCUCACUUAAACCAUUUUUUGCAGCAGCAAAAUGUGUCUGGUGGACUGAAAAGGCAGUUGAUUAUAUUAUUCCAUAUCAUUCAGCUGCAGCCCUUUCAUUUAAUACUGGACCAGUUCCAAAAAUCGUUGUUCCCAUUAGUUAGACACAAAAACAUGGAAAAUAGGGUCCAGGUUAAAAAAAAAAAAAAAGAAGUGUGAAGUCUGACCAGAUCUGCACAGAUUUCAUAACUAACAUUAAUGUACAUAGUAAUAUAUAUUUUUAUUGUCACAGUAUUUAAUUGACACAAAACACUGUACAGAUGACUUUUUAAUUUUGCAUCUAUUCGGCUGAUAUCAAUAAACUGUUGGCAAAACAUGACUCCUCGUGUCACGAUCUCUGUCACAAAUCACAUUUUAAAUUGUCCCAAAAAUAUUGUUUCUUAUGUACAUAUUGUAUAUGGAGUAAAUUGCAUCAUUAAACAUCUACACAUAAUCUGCAUCAGAAUUAUCCCUGUAACACAGGCUGGGCACACUAUCACAAACAGCUGCACAAAACAACGCUAACUUUGGGAAGCGAAUAGUGUCAAACUGUUCAGGUUUGUAGUGUGUUGUAUUUUUAUGAUAGUGUGUCCAUCUCCUGUAGUGUGUGUUCAUAUUUAGUCUGAGCAUCUUCACAUUGUUGACAGUUUUCUAAAAGAAACAACAUAAACAGAUGCUGUUACUUGGCUCAUCACCACAGUUAAAGUACUACCAACAUGGGCGGAUUAGGAAGCAAUGGGCCCCUGGGCACAGACAUGCAGAAGGCCCCACCACCGGUCCUACAUGAGUUACACAGACUCUGUAGUUUAGCCUCUUGUUGUUGUUAAGUCUCUUUGUAGUCAUUCUGAGUCUCUUUGUAGUUGCUUUGCCCCUAUUCAUAGUCGUUGUGUGUCUCUUUUUUGUCCCUUUGCAGCUGUUUUACAUCUCGUUGUAGUCGUUUUGUCUCUGUGGU